ACGGCGAUUGUGAGGACACCUUCAAUCCCCUUUGCCACGGAGAGGGGCUAAAGCGCAAGCCUCGAAUCGAUCUUCCAUCCCCUCGUCCCCGGCCCCGGGAAACGUCCGCGAGGAACAAUCCCCGGCCGACGACUCUGUUGUCGACCCAACAACAGUUCAAAACCGCCCGAGCAAACCUACGGCAAACAUGGCGUUGGAUUUCGCAGCGACGUACAAGGUUCUGGUGUUGGGCGACUCGAACGUCGGCAAGACCUGCAUCGUGCAUCGGUACUGCGACGAACGGUACUACGACACCUACAUCUCGACAAUAGGUAUCGAUUUCAAACAGAAGAUCAUUAACUUAGACGGAACGCCGAUUAAAUUACAAAUCUGGGAUACCGCCGGCCAAGAAAGAUUUCGAACUUUAACGACGGCGUACUAUCGUGGUGCCAUGGGUAUUCUUUUGAUGUACGAUGUCACUAGUCUGGAGAGUUUCAACCAUUUGUCAUAUUGGUUGCGAAAUAUCCAAGAAAACGCGUCGCCGGACGUAGUAAAAGUUUUGGCGGCGAAUAAAUGCGACGCGACCGCGCAUCGCGCCGUGGACGCCGAGAGAGGCCAAAAGAUCGCCGAGAACUUCGAUAUGCCCUUCUUCGAAGUGUCAUGCAAGGAAAAUAUCAACAUCGAGGAGGCCUUUCUGACUCUGGCCAGAAGAAUACGGGAACAACGAGGCCGCCGGGCCAGCCUGUUCGAGGCUUCCGAGAGAGAAGGCGCGGACAGUAUAAUUAAGGCGCAGUCACCGUCUCAACAAGGUGACGCCUGGAGAUGCAGCUGUUAGUUCGGCGAUCUGACGAUCAUCGGAGGUCUACCUCCGGCCGGUUGGAGGUUUCGAGACGGCAGCCGAGAAUUAAAUCCGGGCACAAGGGAUUUCUGUCUGUUCAUCGUGUACGA